CGCCGCUUAUUCUCUCGUGCAAGUCGCCGCGGAUCGGUCGUGGACAAGGAGUUGCUCCGUGAUUUUUUGCGAGCCUUUUUGGGCUCUCUCACUCUUUUGUGAGAAUUUUGCGGGAGAAAAAAAUCGUGACAUUUUCAUCGCGCAUGGGAAUUCAAAGAUUUCGUUUGAAUUUGAGGAACAACAGUGCUUAAAACUAGUGACCAUGCCCUGUUCGAAGAUCUACUGUGUGACCGUGGUUGGGGCCGUGGUGGCCGUGGCCGGAGCAAUAUUCGCCCUGUUCUGGGGUGACAUCUUUGACGCCGUGAUCGUGAAGGAAAAAUCCCUCACGCCAACGUCAAAAGCCUUCAAGCUAUGGAAACGGCCACCCUUUCAGGCCCAGUGGCAGAUGACGCUGUUCAACUGUACCAACGCGGUGGACUUUCUGGAGAAUCGAGCAAGAAGGCCAAAAGUGGUGGAAGUGGGACCGUACGCGUUUACCGAAUCCUCGGAAAAAAUUGAGGUCCGCUUCAACACCAAAAACUCAACUCUGAGCUUCCGCAAGCGAACUCUGUUCGCGUGGGACGAGGACCAAUCGCAAGCCCUUCCGGAUGAACCCAUCACGAACCUCAACAUGGUGGCGCUGGCCGCGACCAACCGGGGUCGGCACUCCGGCUACACGAUGCAACGGGGCAUCUCUUUUACGCUGUUUUCGUUUGGCCAAAAGGUUUUUGUAACGAAAACGGCUGCAGAGCUGCUCUUCGACGGCUAUCCGGAACCGAUGAUCAAGGGGCUGGAGGACGUGAUGAGCUUCAUCGGCGAGGACAUGGGCCUGGACGGGCGGUUCAGCUGGUUCCACACGUUGAACGGGACGAAGAAGGCUUAUGGUUACUUCAACAUGGACACCGGAAGUGACGACUCGUCGCAGUAUGGGUUGGUUCGAGCGUGGAAUUACCGGACACAGUCCGCGAACGCUGACGGAACGGCUUGCGGCAAGUACCAGGGCUUCACCGGCGAGCUGUUUCCCACGAAGAUCCGGAAAGAUCGUGUGCUGCGAAUCUUCACGCCGGAGGCUUGUCGAGUGUUGACGUUCGAGUUCGAGCAGGAAGUCGACGUGUACGGAGUGCGUGCCUUCCGGUUCGUCGGAACGGCCCGCACCGUGGACAACGGAUCGGCCUACCCGGCGGAGACCGGCUGUUACACCGCCGGAGGAGAUUCGUUUCCGACCGGGGUGAUGAAUCUUACCGAAUGCCGGAUGGGAGCGCCGGCGUUCGCCUCGUUUCCGCACUUUUACCUCGCGGAUCCAUUCUACCGGGGUCAGGUCGAGGGCAUGAGGCCGGACCGUGAGCGGCACCAAUCGUUCUUUGUGGUUGAGCCCAUCUCGGGGAUUGUGCUGAACGCAACGAUUGCGAUACAGAUCAACGCGCUGCUGCGGCCCUCGUCGAAUGUUGCCCUGUACCAGGACUCCCCGACGGCGUACGUCCCGAUGAUAUGGUUCAGCAAACGCUUCCAGCUAGCCGAGGAAGACGUGCUGAAGCUGAAAGCCCAACUGCAGGUGUCCGAGCUGGGCUACUUCGGGGGCUUUGCGGUGGCUGCCGCCGGAGCGUUGAUCGCCCUAGCCUCUGUCGUAAUGGGACUGAUCUUCAAGAAUACUCUCCGCCGGCAGCAGAAGGAACGUCCCGCCACGCUGGUGGUGCCCAGCAAAGAUCCCCGCGGGGACUACCAGCCGGUGGAGGGGCAAGAUAAAAUAAAGGUGUGAUGGUUGCUUAAUGA